GUCGUCUUAAAUCUCUCCUUAAAAUCUUUCUAUAUAAUACCUAAAGGGUUAGCUCUAGCACAAGCACACACAGAGAGAUAGAGAAAAAUAUAACAAAUUUUAAGCCAUGUCCUCGUCACUAUUCUCUUAUGUUGUCCUCUUAAUCUUCCUUUUCACCAUCCCAUACAUUCAAAGCCAGCCCACUGCUCCAGCUCCAACCACUGAAAAAAGUCCCAUCAAUCUCACAGCGAUUCUUGAAGCUGGUCACCAAUUUACCACAUUAAUACAACUCCUCAACACAACUCAAGUCGGGUUUCAGGUAAGUGUACAACUCAAUAGCUCUGACCAAGGGAUGACUAUAUUUGCCCCAACAGAUAACGCAUUCAACAAGCUUAAACCCGGAACCCUAAACAGUCUGACAUAUCAACAACAAAUCCAGCUCAUGCUCUACCAUAUCAUUCCAAAAUACUACUCUCUAAGCGAUCUUCUCUUAGCAAGUAAUCCCGUUAGAACUCAGGCUACGGGACAAGACGGAGGUGUUUUUGGGUUAAAUUUCACAGGACAAGCACAAAGCAACCAAGUGAAUGUUUCCACCGGUGUUGUUGAGACUCGGAUCAAUAAUGCAUUAAGGCAACAGUUUCCUCUAGCAGUUUACGUGGUGGACAGUGUGUUGUUGCCGGAGGAGUUAUUCGGAACAAAGACCACUCCCACCGGAGCUCCUGCCCCGAAAUCCUCAACUUCAUCGUCUGAUGCCGAUUCUCCAGCUGCUGAUGAUGAGCACAAAUCUGCCGGAUCAAGCGUGAAGAGGACAAGUCUAGGGAUUGUUGUUAGCUUUGCAUUGUUUUGUUGCUCGGUUAUAUAUAUUGCUUGAACCUUUAACUAAAAGCGAGGGAAACGUUCCCGAAAAACAAACAUUUAUUUGCAUGAUUGAUUUGAUUCAUCUAUGCCUUGAUAUUUCUUUUUUGAAAUUUCCUUUAUAAAAAUACAUGUAUUAUUUUUUUGAAUUUAAAUACAUGUAUUAUUAAAUGAU